CAAGAUUUAUGGAUCUGGUAUGCCUUACGUCCGUUCCGUAAGACUCAAAGACGGUAGGGGAGCUCUUGUGUUUUCCCAACUUUCAGCUCUUUCAUUAUCUAAUCUUGGUUGCCGGGACGACCGACACCAUGCAACGCAGCCUUGGUCAGCAUCGUCAAGCGACCGGUGAAGAUGGUACAGGUGGCGCCGACGGCCCCGCGUCCUCGGAUGUUGUUCACCUUGAGCUAGACGCUCUGAUAGUGGGUGCUGGCUUCGCAGGUGUCUAUCUGCUGCAUCGCCUGCGGCAGGAAGGCUUCAACGUCAAGAUCGCUGAAGCAGGUACUGGCCUCGGCGGCAUCUGGCACUGGAAUAGCUACCCAGGGGCCAGAGUAGAUAGUCAGUAUCCAGUGUAUGCGUAUGGCAUACCUCAAGUCUACGAGACAUGGGCUUGGAGUGAACAAUAUCCCGGCGAGAAGGAGCUUAAACGCUACUUUCAACAUGUCGACAACGUACUUGACAUUAGCAAAGACGUGCUUUUUGAGCAUACGGUGGUCGCCGCCGGGUUUGACCCAUCGGUUAGAAAGUGGAAUAUUGUGUGCGGAAAUGGCACCCGUUUCACGGCGCGCUUCUUUCUUGCCUGUCUCGGCUUUGCGGCGAAGCGUUACUUCCCGGAUCGGCCUGGUGUCGACGAAUACAAAGGCUAUAUCUGUCAUUCUUCCUUCUGGCCAACCGGAGGCGUGGAUGUGAAAGGCAAAAGGGCGGCGGUUGUUGGAACCGGCGCGACAGGCAUACAAAUCGCUCAGGAGAUGGCAAGGGAAGCUGAGCAUCUCACCUGCUUCGUUCGGACGCCUAACAUAUGCAUACCAAUGAAUCAGGGUCCGGUUGAUCCUGAACAAGCAAAGAAGGAUUUAGAGAGCUUGCACGGAAGACUCAAUGCAGAUCGUUACGACAACGUUGCCGGAUUCCUCUAUGCCAACCCCACAAAGGGUGUUUUCGAUGACCCGCCUGACGUUCGUGAGGCAGUCUUCGAAGAGGCAUGGAGACUUGGCGGGUUUCGGAUUCUCUUCAGCUACACGGAUCUGCUAACAGACCAAAAAGCAAACGACAAGGUCUACGAAUUCUGGGCCAAGAAGAGGCGUGCACAGAUGAAGGACCCUGUCAAGCGCGAUAUACUCGCACCGGAGAUUCAGCCGCAUGCUUUUGGUGGCAAGCGGCCAAGUCUGGAGCAAGAUUACUAUGAGCAGAUGGACAAGCCGCAUAUCACUUUGGUCAAUGCCAAACAGAACCCGAUCACUCAUUUCGUGGAGAACGGCAUUGUGACCGAAGACGGCACGUUGUACGAGGUAGACGUCGUUGCUCUUGCAACGGGCUUUGAUAGUGUUACAGGAGGUUUGAAGGACCUCGACUUGGUGGGCUUGAACGGUGAGAGACUGGCGGAUAAGUGGGAGAUGGGUACCUAUACGUACCUUGGGAUGACAACCGCGAACUUUCCGAACUUCCUCUAUACGUAUGGCCCGCAAUCUCCCACAGCGUACGCCAACGGGCCCACUAUUGUGGAAAAGCAGGAUGAAUGGAUCGUGACUGUGCUGAAGAAGAUGCGCGAGGAGGGCAAGACGAUGAUUAACCCAACUCAAAACGCCGAGAUGGAGUGGAAGGAGACGAUUAAUUCAUUGCAUAAGCUAAGCUUGCGCGAUAAAACAGAGGGCUGGUACAUGGGGACCAAUAUACCUGGGAAGCCAAGGGAGGCGCUCAACUACGCCGGAGGGAUUCCGCUGUAUACUAAGACCAUCUUUGAGGUAUUGGAUCAAGACUUCAAAGGGUUUACGGUGAUGUGAAGUGGCGACGGCAGCUCAAGUUUGUUUUCCGGCGGGAGGAC